GUCGAUUGGCCGUUUCAAAGCAUUGUCAAUAGUGUCAUUCUUAGAUUUUCAAGUAAACUGGCUUUCCAAGAGUUCGUUAAAGCAGUUUUCCAACGAUAAGGGUCGGGUUUUCCCAAAUAUUUUCCAAUAAACUCACAGAAACUAUUCAUCUACUUCUUCAAGAAUCACUCGGGCAUCAGUUUUCAGUCGAUCUCUCGCCCCCCAUACGUUCGAACUGUUAUAAAAACCUUCAGAAUAGGAGGUUAUCGUUCCCAUUCAAUUUAUCACGCUUUUAGCUGUUUCUAGUAAAAUGAGUAGAAUAGAGGACUUUUUCAAAAUCGAAAAGAUCGGUGAGGGCACCUAUGGAGUCGUUUAUAAAGGGAAGAACAAAAACACUGGAGAAAUGGUUGCCAUGAAAAGGAUUCGGCUGGAAAAUGAGGAUGAAGGAAUUCCUUCAACGGCUUUGAGAGAGAUGAGCCUCUUAAAGGAGUUGCGCCAUGCCAACAUUGUGACUUUACUCGAAGUCAUUAUGGAUGAGCCAAGGCUAUAUCUCAUUUUUGAGUUCCUGAGUAUGGACCUGAAGAAAUAUUUGGACAAUAUUGAGUGUGGCAAAUACAUGAAUCCUAAACUAGUGAAGAGUUACCUGUAUCAAAUCAAUGAAGCCAUCUUAUUUUGCCAUCAACGUAGAGUGAUCCAUCGGGAUCUUAAGCCACAGAAUUUGCUAAUCAGUGCCAAUGGAGUUAUCAAGGUUGCCGAUUUCGGUCUGGGGCGAGCAUUUGGAGUGCCUGUAAGAAUCUUCACACACGAGGUUGUCACUUUGUGGUAUAGAGCGCCCGAAGUGCUAUUAGGCGCAGCUAGAUAUUCCUGCCCCGUUGAUAUCUGGGCAAUCGGGUGCAUUUUCGCGGAAAUGGCCACCAAAAAGCCGCUGUUUCAAGGCGAUUCUGAAAUUGACCAAUUGUUCCGGAUCUUCAGGGUUCUGAGAACACCAACUGAAGACAUUUGGAAGGGAGUAUCAUCCCUGCCUGAAUAUCACGCAAUUUUCCCCAACUGGACAUCUGACACUCUGUCGAAACAAUUAAAAAAUCUGGACGAAGAAGGUCUAGAUUUGCUUUCACAAAUGCUAGUAUAUGAUCCCAGUAAACGAAUCUCCGCCAGAGGAAUUGCUGCACAUUCCUACUUUAAAAACGUCGAUCUCACGGUUAAACCGGUGUUUGUGGAAAAGAAAAAGUGAUUUAUCGAUUUUUUUCAGCACUGUAAGAUUUACUAUCCUUAUUUAUAUCGGAUAUGGGGGUGGACACUUGAAAUCCAAAUUAAAAUUGUAUCUAUUUGUAUAACUAUUAAAAUGUUCGCGUUGCUGAAUGAUUAUCAUGUUUUAAUGAUGGUUUCAAAAUUCGUUUUUUUUUUCGGAACAAGGAAAUUUAGUUUAAUCACAACUGUUAGUUAUGGUUAUUUUGACACUCAGAGUUACGGGGUUGAUUUCCACAUUAAGCUUCAUUUCGGCCUCGAUGAGUUAAUAUCCGUGACAACCGUGUGUUUUAUCUCAGAUUUUUUUAUAGAACUACUCUGCAAAAGUAUGCGACUCGAAAUAUAUAUUUUUGAUUUAAUAUAUUAGUGUAGAUAA